CUUAACAGCUGCUACAAUUCUAUACCUCAAAGAGAAUUUUUAAUAGUUUGAAAAAAGCUCUAUGUUUUUGUUGUCUGAGCUGAGAUAAUACAACUGCAGACAUGAUUUUUGGUGUUCUCCUGGCAAGUUUGUUUUGGAAUGGAAAUCUUGUUCAGUGCAAUAAACAAGAGAUAAUUGAAGAUUUAAAAAACAUUAUCUUCAAAAUAAAGAAAAGUGGAGACUUUGGAGCAGGUCAGACGUCUAUCCCAGCUUUCACUGCAACUUUGUCAAAGGAUUUUACUCCGCCACUCAAUCAAAUCAUAAAAUUUGACUCCGUGAAGACAAAUGUUGGUGGACAUUACUCGUCUAGUACUGGAGUAUUUACGCCACCAAGGAACGGACUUUAUAUGAUAUCUGCUACAAUAAGAUCAACUGCUACAAAGUACUUGCAUUGUGAGCUAUGGGUCAAUGAUGUUAUGAAAGAAAAACUCUUUGGCAACAAUUACUCGACUGGAACUGCCAACGCCGUCUUACAACUGAAGAGAGGAGACAGGGUUUUCAUAAAGAAAGACAACCGAAGUGGAGAAUAUAUGCUUGGACGUGAUUGGUCAAUGUUUUCUGGUUAUUUCAUUGCAUAAAAAAGUCUUACUUUAACAUAAAUAAAUAUCAUUAAAAAUCUUAAGAUGCU